AUGUAUUUACAUUUAAUUACAAUUUCCGGGUUCUAUGGAUGUGCUAAAAAAUCCAAUGAUCAAAGAAAAUUACAUAGAAAGCCCUCUGAAGAAUUAAAGGAGAGCUUCAACUACGGUCUUUUCUGUCCUCCUGUAAAUGGAAAAGCUGGAAAAUUCUUGGAUGAAGAACGUCGCCUUGGAGAUUAUCCCUUCAAUGGACCAGUCGGCCACUUAGAGCUCAAAUACAAGCGGCGAGUUUACAAGACCUUGCAUCUGGAUGAAAAACAAUUAAAAGCCUUACACACACGGUCAAAUUACCGGAGAUUAAUUGAGUAUGUAACAAAUAGUCAAGUUGAGAAAAUUUCAAAAAUGUGUAACAAAGGAUUGGAUCCAAAUUUUCAUGACAUUGAAACUGGAGAAACACCUUUGACUCUGGCGACAAAUUUGAAAAAGCCAACUAAAGUUUUAAUCGCUCUAGUAAACGGUGGAGCACUGUUAGAUUACCGAACGAAAGAAGGUCUUACAGCGAUGCACCGUGCAGUUGAAAGAAACAACCGAGAAGCUGCAAAAACUCUUUUAGAACUCGGUGCUAGUCCAAAUUACAAAGAUACUAAAGGUCUCACACCACUUUAUUAUAGUGUUAUUUAUAAAGCCGACGAAAUGAUAUGUAACGCGUUACUUCAUGAUCACGCGACAAUCGGUGCCCAAGAUCUUCAGGGAUGGCAGGAAAUUCACCAUGUUUGUAUUUUUAUUACUUAUAGGGCUUGCCGAAAUAAUCUUGUUCGACACCUGGAUCAUCUUCUGUACUACGGUGCAGAUAUGAACGCACGAAAUGCGUCAGGCAAUACACCGUUGCACGUGUGUGCCGUUAACAACACAGAUGCAUCUUGCAUUCGUACGUUACUCUUCAGGGGCGCGCAGAAGGACAGUUUAAAUUAUGCGAAUCAAACCCCCUACCAAGUUGCGGUGAUUGCCGGUAACAUGGAACUUGCGGAAGUCAUCAAGACUUAUCAGCUUGAAGAUGUCGUGCCACUUAAAGAUCCACCAAGCUACAAUCCAAAGAGACGUUCAGUGGCUUUUGCCGGCAUGACGACAAGCUGUUCAGCAAGUAAUUUGGGGACCUUGACCAGGAUACCAUCUUCAAAUGAAUCAUCUACAUGUGGUACACUAACGCGUACCAUUUCAGUAGAUCAGUAUUCAUCCGGAACACUAAGUAGACUUCCUAUGAACGAGCACUAUAGCUCGAGUAUAACAUCAUCAUCUUCAUCGUCAUCUUCUAGUAGAAUUCCGUCCGGCAGCGAACAAUAUAUGAAUGAUUGUUUGAUGGCAAGAACACCGUCCGCAGAACAACAGUACUCGAGCGCAUCGAUGAGCAGAGUAUCGUCUGAAGAACAUCAGUAUUCUGGGAUAUCGCGUGCUGAGUCACACCACAGUAGUCUCAAUCGAGUGCCGUCCAUAGAACAACCACGUGGUGGUAAUAGUACCGGUGAAUGCGGAAAUCUCCAGAGAAUACCAUCACCAAAUGCGGAGCACUAUCAAAACUUAAGAAUAGAAGGCCUUACGAGACUACAUGAGCAUCACCAUCACCGAUUUGGGUUACAACACCGGCUAGACAUUCAAGGACGCAUGAUGGAGAUGCCACCGUCACCCUCACCAAGUAGCCGAAGUUUCGCACCUUUCAGUUCAGCAAGUUCCAGCCUAUCUGAGGGCAGCAAUCAACCUUCCGGUGAAGAUUCGGCCAGCAUUGUAACAGACAAAAGUCUCGGGGACACAGCAUCGGACAUCAUUAGUGACAGCUCGGGUGUUGGUACAUCGCAGUCCGACACAACGAACUCGCUCUCUAUUCCCGGUACGACGGUGGUCUGCGUCGAGAGUUAUAACAGCGGUAUCGCCGGACACCUGACUAUCAACCAGGGCGACAUUCUCGAAGUGUGUAUAUGUUCAUUAUUGUUUGUUACACCAGUCACUGGAGCGACAGAUUGUGGUCUACUGGAAGGCGUACUCCGAGGUCAAGGCACUGGACUAUUUCCCGCCCAUUGUGUUCAAGAAGUCAGGCUUCGGCACACCAAUAUACCUUUAGGACCUCAACAUAUGAGAGAAGGUCGUAAUCGUGUUAUUGGACGUAGGGAAGCACAGCAGAAAUAUUUCGCGACUGCUCCGAGGUUGAAGAAGCCGAUAUGUAUGUUUAGUGCUACUUCAGAGCCAAGAUCAGUUAUACUUCAUCGGUCGAAAAAAGGUUUUGGUUUUAUCCUUCGCGGAGCUAAAACAACACCGUCAACUUUAGUUGGUUUAGCUCCAGCAGCCCAAUACCUUGAUGAUGUUAGUCCGGGUGGAGUUGCCGAUUUGGCUGGACUUAGAAAAGGAGACUUUCUUAUUCAGAUCAAUGGAGAAGAUGUAUCGACUGCUUCUCAUGAACACGUAGUAGAUCUAAUAAGAAGAUCCGGUGAAUUAGUACGAAUGACUGUAGUAUCACCAGUAAAUCUUCCAAACUCACAAUCAACUGCUACACUGCCGACUAGUCAACCAACUCAAAGGCAAUACGCGACAUUACCCCGUAAGGGUAGCAAUAAUGUACCCAUAAGUGGGACAUUGGGAAGAUCACCGGCACCGAUGCCACCUCGAAGAGAUCCCAAAACUACACUGAGUGUUGGUCGUGCACGAGCUCGAUCAAUGGUUGCUGGCUUAGAAGGUGGUGGAGAAAAGGACGACCGAGAUGAGAUUGGAUCAACAGGAGGUAAAUCUAGUAGCGCCGAGUCAAUUCAUUUGGCCCAACAAUCAUCGACUGGCCCCAACACUGGACAAAAUACACCUGUUCAACCACGUACCGCUAGUAUUCGUUCUCGGCCUACUUCAAGCCGUAUAACCGCCGCAGAACUUCAGCACGAUUUAUUCGAGACUCGAGCAUCUGCAUUGCUUCGAUUACAGGAACUGUUUCAACGACAGGGAAGUGAAUGUGGCCAAUAUGGCCAGACCAUGAUGAGUUCUCACUUUCAGGCUGGACCUGCUACCAAGUCACAUCCAUCAUCUCCUGCGAAAACUGGCAGAGUCUACGCGAGCGUCGCGGAAAUGAAACGCAAGGGAAAAUCAAAUUCACGGGUACGUUUCUUCGGUGGUCUGGGCGGUGGUUCAGAUUUGCAUCGAGACUUCCACAGUACGCCUGACCUGAACAUUCAAGGACAAUCGUCAGCUUUGGCGCCAAAAGGUCAUCGUAGUCAAGAGGACGUUAACGCACUGAGUAGAAAUGGUUUACCACCACCCAAUCAUCCACCUCCACCGCCGCCAGUUGGGCAAGUGAUUAAAGUAAAUGUCGAAGAUACCAAGACUGUUGGUUAUCGAUCACAUAGUUUACCAGGGAAUCCAUCAAGAACGCAUUUAAGAAAGUCACAUAGUUUACGUACGUCAAAUAACGGAGGAUUCAAUUCUCAAAAUGGACAGCAGAUUGCAAACGGUGUAAUUAAUUCAAAUAAUAAUGGCACGUUGAAUGCCAAUGGUUGUAAUCAGUACGCUCAGCCGCUAAAAACAAAUCGCAGUCAUAGUAUAGCUAGUACACGUGAGGCUAAGAAAAAAACAAUUAGUACCAGCGCGUCGGCAUCUAAUUUGUCGGGUGUUGUGUCUGGUCCUCCAAUUCCUGAACCAGACUACAGUUUGUCAGAGUCUGAAAAUGAAGAUGAUGAGGAAGAAGAAUUUGAAGUUGGUGAAUCUGAAAUAGCUAAAGAGCUUGAAAAGGCAGCGGCACGUGAAAAAUUCGAAUCGACGCGUGAAACUUCCGGUAAUUCAAAUGCUUCAGGUAGUAGUUCAUCUGGAAGUAGUUCAUUGCCACACUCAUUUAGUGUUGAGGAAAUACAAAAAGUCAGAACACAAUUAAAGUCAUCUAAAAGUCAUCCAAAUGAAUUUUUAUUAAGCCAACAAACACAACAGUUGGUUGAAGAUGGUGAUAACAGUUCAAGUGGUGUUAGUUCUGAUCAAGAUGUUCCAGUAGGACCACCCACUGGAUUUGAUGAUACGACAAGAAAUGAUAGUAAUAAUCAAUCUAUUGUUAAUACUGAGAAAGAAAAUAAUCAUAAGAGAAUGAAUUACAGCAGUGGUAUGCUUACAAGACACGCUGUAAGUCUUGCCCAAUUACCACCGCCGAUAGAGGCCGAUGCUGAAGAACAAAAUAAUGAUUUAUUUGUACCACCACCUCCAGAAUUUAAUGCCGGUCCAUCUGCUGGGCAACCCGAUAAUAAUGAACUUGUUUUUGCGCCACCUCCACAAUUUUCCGAUAAUCGACAGCAGCAAACACAAAAUCGUGUAAAAAUAAUCGGAGCAAUACCUAAGGUCGUCGGGAACAAUCAAGUUAAACCACCUUCUGGACGUUUACAUAGUCAAUAA